GUUGAAAGUAGCUUCGAUGACCGAUUCGGUCUUCUCACUGAUCGUUUCCUAAAAUGUUAGUUCUUAUUAAGCCUUUUAAUUCAUCCCGACGCGGCAGAUAACUCCUUCUUGAACUCCACCUGGACCUACAGCGUUCAGACUCUCCGACUCCCUAUUCGAUCGCGCCACGUAUACGGUCAACCAAAACGACCUCGUGUGGCGACCUUCAGAUCCUGUCACCGGUUCACACGCCACAGAAUCGUCCGACACGUGUCCAUAAUCCACCGGCUGUAUCCGGUCCACCAACACUCCUCCACCGGCUAUAGCAGGCGUCUCCUUCCUUUUUCUAUUCUAAAGACCGACCAGCACCAGGGAAUCUCUCUCCGUUCUCCCUUCAGCUAAUUGUUUCUCCGAUUACUCACUGUUUCAAGAUACUUAACAUAUUCUAAUCCCCAUUUUUUUGCUUUUUUUUUUAUUUUUUUUUUUAAUUUCAAGUUAAAAGUAAAUUCAAAAGUCUGCUAUUUACAGUGGUCUUCACCAAGUACAGAGCUUUUCUUUUCCUUUUCUUUGGUCCCCAAAUUCGGAUAUCAGGGCAAUUGCAGGUUUUUUAUAUUUGAUUGUGGUUGAUGAUGAUUGGUGGGGGUGACUUUUUUCUUUUUAUGAUGUUAAUUAGAACUCUAAUCAGAUCCUUUUUACUCUAAAUUGCCUUGUGCGUGGGGGAAUUAGCUUAAUUAAAGUAGUUUUCAGUUUGAUCGCAUUGUUUUAGUUGCUGUGGGAAGUCUGCAUAAAUUGUGCUUUUUUUGGACAAUUUGGCUACUUGUGAUUAGUCUGAUUUACAGGAUGGUGCCUUAGGCUUCGACCUCAUUGUGGCUAAAGAUUAGUGCUUUCACUGGUGUGUGAAUCUUACUGGUCGUGAAUUAGGGUUUUCUAGAUAUAAGUGGUUGAUGCUGGGUUGUAAGUGUACAUUAGCAUUCUCCCUACUUUUCUUGAAGUUUUGAAAGUUGCUACUUGCUGCCUGGGAUACUGAUACUUCUUUUGUAUUUUAUAUCAUCAUGUUAGAUUUUAAACUGUAACUGGUUACUUGCUGGUAUUCAUGGUUGAACUACUGGCAGUAUCCGUACGAUUUAGUUAUUUAUUCUCUAUGGGGUGAAAGAGCAGCCUUCACUUCAUGUUGAUUACACCUCGGCUGAUCCAAUUUGAAGCCAUUCUGAUUGAUACAAAGGGCUUCUGCACUCUAGCAAGCUUACCCUGGAAUUCUUGAAGAUUCCUUCACUGUACAAAACUUUGAAACCCAAAUGGUGCCUUCUCGCGCGUCGGGAGGGAUGCCACACUCAUCUUCGAGCUCUGGAAUAUUCUUCCAAGGGGAGGGGCAGUCUCAGAUCUCCGGGAUUUCACAGCUGAGUUCAAACAUCAGCAACUCCAUACCCGGACGAGCACGUGUCAAUGUGGGCCCACUGUCGGGGGACGUCGGUAAUGCAGUCCUCAACAGCAUGGCAACCUCCACACCCAGCAUUGGGGCGAGCUCUCUUGUCACUGAUGCCAACUCGGGCGGGCCCCACAUGCAAAGAAGUGCGAGUUUCAACACGGAGUCCUACAUGCGCCUACCCACUUCCCCACUCUCGUUCACGUCCAACAACAUAAGCAUCUCUGGAUCGUCCGCGCAGCAGAGCUCCAAUCAAGACCAGGCACAAGCCCAGCAAAAUCAGCACUCGAGUCGAAUGGGGCAGGCCCAGAUCCCUAUUGGGCCCAGGGGCCCGAAUUCUUUCAUUCAGGACCCGAACUCCGUGUCUCAGGUUCAAAAGAAGCCCCGCCUGGACAUCAAGCAGGAAGAUGUUGUUCUGCAGCAGCUUUUGCAGAGGCAAGACUCGAUGGCCUUGCAGAAUCCGAAUCCGAAUCCUCAGCUGCAGGCUCUGAUCCAGCAACAGCGGUUAAGACAGCAGCAGCAGCAAAGAGAACAGCUUCUUCAGUCGAUGCCACCUAUGCAACGGGUUCAGUUACUGCAGCAGCAGCAGCAGCAAUUGAGACAGCAGCUUCUGCAGCAAGGAAUGCAGCCAGGUUCGGGUAUAAAACGCCCAUAUGACGGUGGUGUAUGCUCACGUAGACUGAUGCAGUAUCUCUAUCACCAGAGACAACGCCCGGCUGACAAUAGUAUUGCCUAUUGGAGAAAAUUUGUGGCGGAGUAUUAUUCUCCACGUGCAAAGAAGAGAUGGUGCCUAUCGCUUUAUGAAAAUGUCGGGCAUCAUUCACUGGGGGUAUUCCCGCAGGCAGCUAUGGAUGCAUGUCAGUGUGACAUUUGUGGUUCAAAAUCUGGAAGAGAAGCAACUUUUGAAGUACUCCCAAGACUCGAUGAAAUUAAAUUUGGUAGUGGCAUUAUUGACGAGCUUCUAUUUCUGGACUUGCCUCGGGAAUGUCGAUUCCCAUCCGGAAUGAUGAUGCUGGAGUAUGCAAAGGCAGUUUCAGAAAGUGUGUAUGAGCAACUCCGUGUAGUUCGCGAGGGUCAGCUUCGCAUCAUUUUCACUCCUGAUUUAAAGAUACUAUCUUGGGAAUUUUGUGCACGGCGCCAUGAAGAACUUCUGCCUCGUAGAUUGGUAGCGCCUCAGGUGAAUCAAUUACUGCUGGUUGCACAAAAGUACCAAAGCACAAUAUCUGAAAGAGGGCCCAAUGGUAUUUCUCAACCAGAUUUACAGGCAAACAGUGCAAUGGUCGUGACAGCUGGACGCCAGCUCGCCAGAAGUUUAGAGCUACAGUCGUUAAACGACUUGGGGUUUUCCAAAAGAUAUGUACGGUGUCUACAGAUAUCAGAGGUUGUGAAUAGCAUGAAAGACUUGAUGGAAUUCUGCACAUCUCGAAAAAUCGGUCCUAUUGAGGGCUUGAAGAACUUUCCCCGGCACCCCUCGACGAACACUCUCGCAUUGUCUAAUUACCAAAAUCUACUCACGAGACAAAAUUCGGCCAACUCGACCCAAAAUAACAGCAACUUUAAUAAUAUUAAUAUUAACAACAGUAACAACAAUAAUGAUAAUAGUAAUAGUACACUUAAGCAGGAGGCUACUUCUCCUUACAACAGCCAGACCAACACGGCAACUCCAGGGCGUUCUGGUAAUUUACCACCGCCAGCCAUCAACGGAUUUUCACAGCACCAAAAGUUACAACAAAAUCAAUCGGUCCCUUCACAAGGCGGCCAACAGGUUUUACAGUGGCCCAUCUUCACACAAAACCAAGAUGGGCCCACCAAUAACAGUUUGAAAGGCGGGCCCACUGGGGAAAAUGUGAGUUUCGGCCAGAAAACGCCAGAUGUGACUCGGGAUCUUCACUUGGCUGACGAGCUGGUUCAAGACGUGGCUCAAGAGUUUAUAGACAACGGGUUUUUUAGUGAUGACCUGGAUGAUACUAUGAAUUUCAGCUGGAAGGCGUGACGAUUGACUAACUAAUAACGGCAAUUUUUUUUUUUUUUUCAAUAUUGUGCCUUUAAU